GAGGAGGAGGGUCCUGCUGGCUAAGAGUUAAUUAGCCCCGCACAGCGAGGGGGGAGCCGCCAGUUUUCUGGGGACACUGGUUUCGGUCACUGGCUGCCACUGUACUCCUGCCCAGGGGAGCUCCCGGAGAGUUGGAUGAAUUCUGGGUUGUUAGCUGCGGUCAGCUGGGCUCCCGGGAGCCUGUUCCUGGUGGAAAACAGGGGGCGUCUGGCAAAGGGACCAGCGGCUCGUGAGGCUCAACAUGACACUCCUGGGGUCUGAGCACUCUUUGCUGAUUAGGAGCAAGUUCAGAUCAGUUUUGCAGUUACGACUUCAACAGAGAAGGACCCAGGAACAACUGGCUAACCAAGGCAUAAUACCACCACUGAAAAGUCCAACUGAGUUCCAUGAGCAAAGGAAACAUUUGGAUAGUGACAAGACUGAAGACACCCUGAAGCGCAAGGUCAGAAACAGGUCCCACCGUGGUGACUUGGUUAAUAUGCACAUACUCCAAGCCUCCACUGCAGAGAGGUCUAUUCCAACUGCUCAGAUGAAGCUGAAAAGAGCCCGACUCGCAGAUGAUCUCAAUGAAAAAAUUGCUCUCCGGCCAGGGCCACUGGAGCUGGUGGAGAAGAACAUACUCCCUGUUGAUUCUGCUGUGAAAGAGGCCAUAAAAGGUAACCAGGUGAGUUUCUCCAAGUCAGCAGAUGCAUUUGCCUUUGAAGAGGACAGCAGCAGUGAUGGGCUUUCUCCAGAUCAGACUCGAAGCGAAGACCCCCAGGGCUCAGCGGGAUCCCCCCCAGACACGAAAGCUGCAGAGACCCCUUUGGCAGGUCCUCUGGGAACAAUCCAGGAUCUUACUUCUGGCUCAGAAAAUGAGAGGAAUGACUCAGCCUCACAGCCCGGCAACCAGUCAGACACGGGGAAGCAGGGCCUUGGCCCCCUCAGCGCCCCCAUCCCUGUGCACGCUGCUGUAAAGUCCAAGUCCUUGAGCGACAGUAAGAACCGCCACAAAAAGCCCAAGGACCCCAAGCCCAAGGUGAAGAAGCUCAAAUAUCACCAGUACAUUCCCCCAGACCAGAAGGCAGAGAAGUCGCCCCCGCCCAUGGACUCAGCCUACGCCCGGCUGCUACAGCAGCAGCAGCUGUUCUUACAGCUCCAGAUCCUCAGCCAGCAGCAGCAGCAGCAGCAGCAGCAGCAGCACCGGUUCAGCUACCCCGGGAUUCACCAAGCCCAGCUCAAGGAACCAAACGAACAGAUGGUCAGAAAUCCAAACUCUUCUUCAACACCGCUGAGCAAUACCCCUUUGUCUCCCGUCAAAAACAGUUUUUCUGGACAAACUAAUGUCUCUUCUCUCAAACCAGGCCCACUCCCAUCAAACCUAGAUGAUCUGAAGGUCUCUGAAUUAAGACAACAGCUUCGCAUCCGGGGUUUGCCGGUGUCAGGCACCAAGACAGCCCUCAUGGACCGGCUGCGGCCCUUCCAGGACUGUUCUGGGAACCCUGUGCCCAACUUCGGGGAUAUCACAACUGUCACUUUUCCCGUGACGCCCACCAACGCGCUGCCCAAUUACCAGUCCUCCCCUUCCACGAGCGCCCUAUCCAACGGCUUCUACCACUUCGGCAGCACCAGCUCCAGCCCCCCAAUCUCUCCCGCUUCGUCCGACCUGUCGGUGGCGGGGUCCCUGCCGGACACCUUCAACGACGCGUCCCCGUCCUUCGGCCUGCACCCGUCCCCAGUUCACGUGUGCGCCGAGGACAGCCUCAUGAGCAGUCUAAAUGGGGGCUCCAUGCCGUCCGAGCUGGACGGGCUGGACUCCGAGAAGGACAAGAUGCUGGUGGAGAAGCAGAAGGUGAUAAACGAGCUCACCUGGAAGCUCCAGCAGGAGCAGAGGCAAGUGGAGGAGCUGAGGAUGCAGCUGCAGAAGCAGAAGAGGAGCAACUGUUCCGAGAAGAAGCCGCUGCCCUUCCUGGCUGCUGCCAUCAAGCAGGAAGAGGCGGCCUCCAGCUGUCCUUUUGCAUCCCAACAAGCAUCUGUGAAGAGACAAAGCAACGGCUCAGAGGGCCAGCCGCCGGCUUGCGAAGCCGCUCAGCUCCUGCCCCUUGGGAACACUCCUUGUGCGGAGCCCUCAGGUCAAAACGCCGUGCUUUCUUCCACUUUCCUCAGCCCACAGUGCUCCCCGCAGCAUUCGCCGCUCGGGGCGGUGAAAAGCCCACAGCAUAUCAGUUUGCCCCCAUCGCCGAACAACCAUUACUUCCUCCCCUCAUCUUCAGGCCCUCAAGGAGAAGCGCACAGGGUCUCCUCACCUGUCGGCAGCCAGGUGUGUACUGCACAGAACUCAGGGGCACGUGAGGGCCAUCCUCCAAGCUUCUCUCCCCAGCCUUCCAGCCUCCAUUCCUCUUUCUCUGGAGCCCAGGCAGACAGCAGUCAUGGUGCUGGGGGCAACCCCUGUCCCAAAAGCCCGGGUGUACAGCAAAAGAUGGCUGGCCUACACUCUUCUGAUAAAGCAGGGCCAAAGUUUUCGAUUCCAUCCCCAACUUUUUCUAAGUCGACUUCAGCAGUUUCAGAGAUAACACAGCCUCCAUCCUAUGAAGAUGCAGUAAAGCAGCAAAUGACGCGGAGUCAGCAGAUGGACGAGCUCCUGGAUGUCCUCAUUGAAAGUGGAGAAAUGCCAGCUGACGCCAGAGAGGAUCAUUCAUGUCUUCAAAAAGUCCCAAAGAUACUCGGGUCUUCCCGAAGCCCUGCUGCUGCCCUCCCCAAGCCCUCGGCUUCCUUUGAACAAGCGUCUUCAGGAGGCCAGCUCCCCUUCGAUCACUAUGGCACCGACAGCGAUGAGCACCUUGAAGUCUUAUUAAAUUCCCAGAGCCCCUUAGGAAAGGUGAGCGAUGUCGCCCUUCUAAAAAUUGGGAGCGAGGAGCCUCCUUUCGAUGGGAUAAUGGAUGGAUUCUCUGGGAAGGCUGCAGAAGACCUCUUCAAUGCACAUGAGAUCUUGCCAGGCCCCCUUUCCCCAAUGCAGACUCAGUUUUCACCCUCUUCUGUGGACAGCAAUGGGCUGCAGUUAAGCUUCACUGAAUCUCCUUGGGAAACCAUGGAGUGGCUGGACCUCACUCCACCCAGUUCCACACCAAGCUUUAGUUCCCUCACCACCAGCGGUCCCAGCAUCUUUAACAUUGACUUUCUGGAUGUCACGGAUCUCAAUUUGAAUUCCCCCAUGGACCUUCACUUACAGCAGUGGUAGAAUGCCUGAUGCAAAAGUGCUAAGGAAGACCAAUAGGAAUUCCAUGGGGGAAAGCACACAACCGUAAAUUUUUAUA